GGAUUGAUACUGAUGGAAACAGUUCGCUAUCGCUGAAGGCUUCCAUCGCUGAAUCGAUUAAUUUUAGCCAUGAAUCAUGCUUUGAAAGAAGGAUAUUUAUUAGUUCAGAAGCUGAACAAAAAAUGGAAAGCCAGAUGGUUUGUCCUCAGUGAGGAUCAACUUUCAUGCCACCAAAAGAAAAACAAAUCAGUCAUCAUCAACUCUCUGCCUCUUUAUGGAUGUUCCAUUGUGUGUCCUUGUCAUGACGUCUCGGAUCUUAAUACACAGGGUUUGCUGAAGAUUCGCCUACCAGAUGGAGAGGAGCUGUUCCUUCAGGCUGGUGGCAGUGAAGACAGAGAUCGGUGGGCGCAUGUCCUUGGUGCUGUGAUACGAUCAUUGAGUACUUCGCAAGAGAUUAUUCAUGACAAAAUGGCUUUUCAAGAUUUCCGCACCCAAGCUAAUGUGAGUGAAAUCAUUGGUGCUAUACAGGAUCCAGAUGCUGGUGUUGAGUCUGCCAGUCAUUUGCGAGGUGGAGUUGUAUUCAAGAAUUGUUUCACAGGUAAAUCCAUUGUAGACUGGUUGUUAAGAUGGUCUCUGGUUCGCAAUCGCGUCAGUGGAGCAGCUAUGGGACAGGCACUCAUGAAGCUUGGCCAUGUUCAGGAGGUUGACCUGAAAGAUGGAACCAGCGGGGUCAGUCCCAAGUUCAGUGAUGGUGACAAGUUAUAUCGAUUUACUUCUGUCAAUCUGGGAGCGAAAAGAAACAGUUUUUACGACAGCACGGACAGUGACUCAAGCUCUUCAGAUGAUGAGGAUGAUGAUGAUGACUGCGAUAAGGAGGAACAGAGGAUAAAGAAAGGGAAAACUUUGAAAGAGGCUUUUCUAGCUAAAAAGAGAAACCUCCGAAAAGGAUGGAAAGUGGUCAAAGUCAUUGCGAAAGAAAGUCCUCCGUGUUUGCAGUAUCAUAGAGCAACCUAUGCAUCGGGCAUUGAAGACAAGUUUCCUUCCAAGUUCAUUUCUUUAACGUCGUGCAAGGUUAUGGAAAUAAUCAAGCCCCCUUCUAACAGCAGUAAAGGCAGCAACAGCGAGGCAACAGCAGGGGACAAGGAAAGCCCAAGAUUUCGCCUGGUUGUCCGCACGAAGAAAGGAAAGAACUUCACAUUCCAGAUGAAAGAUGAGCUAGAGAAAGUGGAGUGGCUGUCAGUUGUGUCAGAUCUAUGUCGCAAGUCCUCUCAAGAGGAGAAUAGUGGCACUGGUGCUAAAGCUUCGGCUUCUGAAUGAGAUAGUCUUGUGUGCCAGUGUGGCGAUGCUGUGGUGCUUAUCAGGAAUGGGUAUUCCCAGAAGACUUUCCAGAACUAAUGGAUUUGCACUACGCUUUAUCACAAAGUAAGCAGUGAUUACUGGAAUUUUAUUCCGCAGACUUUUAUAGAAAUCUUUUAUUUUCUCAGACCGGUUUUUCUUGGCAUUGUUGCUGGCUUUUUAGGUUGUUUUUUUUCUUUCCUGCAAGUGUUGUGUCCACUCCAAGACUAUUCAGUGAACUGAUGAAGAAAGCUUUUCUUUGACCUGCUCAAGUAACAUGCUCACUUUUGUUAAGAAAGGCAGUUUGUGAAAGUUUUUUGUCAAAGCAGGCAAAACAAGCAUGUACAUGUCUUUUAAAGAUUUGGAAAUGUCAUGGCUAGUAAUGGUAUUAUUGUGUCCUCCCUGGUAACAACCAGCAAAGAGUACUUUUUCUACAGUAUACUGUUGGUUUCAUUGACAAAUGACAUGUCUAACUCCACAGCUACACCCCUUUUCUGGUGGAUUUGCAAUGGUAGUUUUUGCGGUUUCAUCAAUUCAAAUUAUCAAAAUCCUGCAGGUCUUGGAUGUGGUUAUCAGUGUGGCAGAAUUACUUACAUUAUUAGAAUCCUAGGAUAGGCUAAGCUGUACUUCAUGUAAAAAAGUUAUCUUAAGGUGUGAAGAACCUUUGUGUGAGGACGGAAGUGAAUGAAGAAAUGUACCUUAACAUUGCAGUGUCAUGCAGUUCAAGGGGUGCCCAAACCUGCAAUUUCAAAGCCUGUGGAUGGCCACAGUAGUCAAAAAUAGAAAUAUGUAAAUUUGUUUGUCCAGCAAUUCUUUUUGUCCUCCUUUGAAGGGGCUCCAGUUGUGCAACUUAUACUUCCAGCACCUUUUCAGACUUUUGGCAUACAUCACAGUUGCUGGGGCUGUUCCGUGGUCUCCUUUUUCUGGCAAUGUUAGAUUUUACUUUAAAAUUCACUUCCUUCCUUGCUCACUUUUAAAGGCGCCAUUUACUCUCUUAUUUUGGCCCAUUUGACUGCUCCAAUUUUCCCUUUGCCUUGGUACAUCUUUGCUGGCAUUUUUCUUAUAUGCAUUCCACUUAUUUUUAUCUUAUGUGGUAAAACAAAUGAUUGUUCUGUUUUUGCUGUGGUGUGGAACUGAUUUAGAUAGUAAUAUUGGAAUUGCUGCACACAUGUAAUAUAUGAAUGUUUCAUGCUAAGUGCAUCAUGUGUGUUAAUUCAUAUUUUUAUACUUUACAUUGUAUGACAGUGUAAUGAAGCUGUUGGUGUGCUUCCGUCCUUAAAGAACAUUUCUGAAAACAUCCAGUCAAAGGAGUGAUUGUUUUGUUCUCUGUCAUUGUCACCUUCAAAAUUUCUUCCCUGAAAAAUGCCAUGCUUGUUUGAUUAUCAAUUCAUCUUGAAAAACUAAAGGCUAGUUUGGUGGCAGCUGAUCUGUUCCUGUAUGUUAAAAUGAUGGCGGGUUUGGAGACUGUCCCUUUUUUCCGCACCUUUUUUGUCGCAGUAAUUGUUGAUUAUUUUGCUUAUGUUUCUAUCGUUGGCUUUGUUGUGGGUUGCUUUCACAAACAUUCUUUCAUUUUUUUGCAUACGGGCAGUACUCUUUCAUUCCAUCAGAUGAUGAUAUUAGAAAGGGAGAAUUAAUUUUUUUUGGUGUGUACAUAAGUGAUGUAGCCUUUCUUUUAUGGUGUAUGUGCUGGUUGAAGUAAGCAUGUAGGCAAUAUUGAGAAGUCCAUGGCUAUAAUUAGUCAUUGUCACUUCUCAAAUUUAUAUCUUUCAAUCAGUAAUAACCUGAAAUCAUAUCUAUUUCAACUGUGACUCUUUUUGCAUGUUAAUGUUUUACCAGAAAAAUGCAGUGUUAAUUUUUA